CGGUCAAUAUGUCGGCGAGUAGUAAAAUGUGUUUGUCAACAUUCGAUCGAUUUCUGUUUUAAUUGCUUUUACAACGUUAAUUACGCCGCGAUGUGAAUGAAACAUUGAAACCGUUUGCAAUUAUUCCAACUUCGUUACUCUUGUGUUCAAUUUAUACAUCAGAUAUAUUCAAAUAAUCAAACAAAUGGUACAAAUAUGUAAUUAAAUAGUUUAUCAAUUAAUAAAAUAUUCAUAAGAAUUCACGGUCUUCGUUUUAAAGUCAGAAAAGACAGAAAUAAAGUGUUUUAAUGAUAUAAAAAGUGGUUUACAAUUUCAAAAAGUGGCGCAUAGUGUUGAACGAUUCCGCGGAGAAAAAUCAAUAAUAUGCACUGUCGUUGCUUAGCUGCAAUUAGGUUGCACUAAAUUACCUAUAAUAAUUUAUAAUCUCAAAAUGAUUUGAUUUGAAAUAAAAAUUUAAUUUAUCAAAAUGAUGGAAGGUAUUCUAUCACAGAGAGUAACACCAUUACUAAAAUGUAUGGUGCUAUUUCUCUUUAUAUUCACCGCGAAGGUUUUAACAUCGCGACCUCACGACGAUUCCUCCCACGAAACCAGGAAUAGUAUAUACCAUCAAAAACCAACACACUACGUACGUACCUUUACUAAAUACCACCAUAGAAGAACAAUUCAAUGGAAUAAUGGCCAGGAUGCAAUAUACUGGCCACUGACGCAAGACCAGCCGAAAAUAAUAGAAAAAAGAAGUGUAAAUAUUCUAGAUUCAAAUGAGUUGCUUGACGCCGUUGAUGAAGAAAAUCUAUAUCAGUUGACUUCUGCAUCAGUUAAAAGUAAUAUAGUAACAGGUGAUGAGAUAUCGCGAAAUGUUGCGAAUGAUGAUCAGAAGGGAGUAACUAAACAAGUUAAGAAGUACAAAAUUAAACCAGCAAUUAUUGUAACUGAUGCGCCUACUGUAAUUGUUCCAACAAUAUCCUGCUUAUAUAAGAUCCACAGUGUGGCUAUGAGUGUAACACCCUCCUAUGAUGAGGAUAAAAAUGCGCAAUUGGUGGUUGAAAAUGAGAUAUUUGAUGCUGGCAACUUAUCAGAAACAACUCUGCCAAAUGGCGAUACUGUUCAAGUAGAACAGUGCACAGAUCCAAAAGCAUUCUGUUAUACUCUUUGGCACCAAGACAAUGAAGGGAAUAUCACUGUUAUGGGACAAGGUUGUUGGCGUUCAUCUCAAACAGAUGGUACCAAUAGUUGUGACAAAUGUACAAAAGUAACUGCAAGACUGCCCGGGAGCAAAUUCUGCUGUUGCACUAAAAGCUUUUGCAAUGCUGACUUCACGUCGCUCAGAGAAGAAACAGCGGUUACGAUAAAAGCUGAGUCAACAAUGGAAAGCGCAACUCAUCCAAACUAUUCAAACAUCGUAGCAUCUGCCAUCAUAGCUUUAGUAGCAGUUUUGUUAAUGGCUAUUGUGUUUAGGAAGAUGUACUGUAAACGAAUGGAGUUGGACAAGGACGAUCUUAGCAAUGGAGUUGAUAUAGAGAAAGGAGAUGUAAUGGGCACUGGACCUGAUGCACUGGCGACUGGAUUGCUGUGUGUUGAUAACUUAACCCUGAUCGAACAUAUAGGUCAAGGCAAAUUCGGGUCGGUAUGGCGCGGUAGUCUAGCGGGAACCCCCGUGGCUGUCAAGUUGUAUUCCUCACCUUCCGCCUGGCAUAAGGAAGCCUCCGUGUACGCUAUACCACAUCUGGCGCAUCCGAAUAUACUACGUUAUUAUGGUAGUGACAGCCGUGCGUCGCUGACGGGAGGUGGAGCGCGCUCGCAGCUAGUGGUGCUGGAGCUGUGCUGCGAGUCCCUGCGACGGCGAUUACAACGCGCUCCUCUGUCGUGGCUAGAGUUCGCUCGCCUGGCUCACGGGCUAGCGGCGGCGCUGGCUCACCUCCACUCGCCCGCGCCUCGCAAGCCGUGCGUGGUUCACCGUGACGUGAACAGCGGAAACGUGCUCGUGGCUCCCGAUGGUUCAGCUCGCCUGGCGGAUCUGGGAUUAGCUCAGCCGUUGAUGCCGCGUCGGGACCACACUGCGCCUAGCCGGAUCACAGAGGCGGGCACGCUGCGCUACCUGUCGCCUGAGGCGCUGGAGGGCGCGCUGGACCUGAGCGGCGCGCGCGCGGCCCUCUGCGCCGUGGACGUGUUCGCGCUGGCGCUGGUGCUGUGGGAGAUGCUGUGGCGCUGCAGCGGGGCGCACGCGCGCGUGCCGCCCUACGCGCCGCCCUACCACCACCACGGCCUGCCGCCGCGCCCCACGCUCGCGCAGAUGCAGAAUCUAGUCUCCCGCAACAAAGCCCGGCCACCGCUACCGAAAGGGCCGGUACCUGAUGCCAGAGCGCUCAAGAUAGCUUCGGACACUUGUGACGAAUGCUGGGAUCAUGACGCUGAAGCACGCCUAACCGCUGUGUGUGUGGAAGAACGAAUGGCUGAACUUAAAUUGAUGUUGCAAGCUCAAGGACCCGUGAUACACGAUAACAAUUUGCAUCCCCACCCUCCUGCCCCCGUCCCAUCACCAAUAGAAUCAGACAAGAACUCUAAUUGUAUGGUCCGAAACGGUGACGUCACUACACCCCUCUUAUACCCCGACCCACAUAUAGGCAGAAACACCUGUAUCGAACGCAAUACAAACACAAAUACAGAAACACAUACCGUCGAACUCAUACAUAAAAGUCUCAAAGACAUAACCGUACAAGAACAGAGACAGACAAAUGUAGAGGAAAAUUGUCUAUCUGUAGCUAGAGGAUCUCACAUUAGAGUUCAGACUCGAGAAAAUUCGGAUAGGCUUAACGAAAUAAGGUCUUACCAACGGCCAUUAGAAUACGUUCCAAAUGAUGUCAGUUCCCACGACAUAGACAGAGGUCCUAAAGAAACAAAUCUUCUCCAGAAUCAUAAGGAAAAACAGAAAUGGGGUAUACGAAAGUUCUUCGAGAAAAAACUAAGCAAGCCAAAAGAAACCGAAGUUAAAUUAGAUUCGAGUAAUGCAGUCCAAAAUGCCAAAGUCAGAACAUCAGUUAUCGACAAACCCAGUAAUAUAACAUUCGAUAGACCUUCGAAUUUAGUUCUAAGCAAUGACAGAACUUUCAACUUCGAGGGACCCUGUACUCUAUCACCCCCGAACAAAACUCUGUCACCUACUAUGAUAAUGGAGUCCACAAUGAACACAGAUAAAAUGUUUAAAGAACUGCCUUCACGUGAUGAUAACGACAGGAACCAAAUUUUCGCAGUCAUCGUACCAAAAGUUAUACCAGAUUUGAAUCACAGCAAAACGUCAAAAGGUAGCUCAGAAAGUUUAAAGCGUUCAGUUCGUACAUCAAUGUCCUCUCAAAGUAUCAAAGCGGGUAAUUCGGAAUCCGAGGAUUCGACGAUAAAGAAGCGAUUGAGUUGCGAUAAUAGAAUCAUUACGAAUUCAAACAGCGGACGAUCGUCUCGAGCUAGUAUCAAUUUAGAACUUCAAUACAUUGAUAACAAUCACGAAAAUUUCAACCCUGAAAGUCCAUUCGAUCUUAAUUCAGACUGUUCUAGUAGUGAGGACGAACACCUAAUGCUUCUAUCCGAGAACGGUGGAUCCAAAAUAACAAUGCAAACAAUCCCUCGCAUCGACGAUAAAAAGAAAAGCGAUGUAUUAAAAGAGGCGAGUCAAGCUAAAACUGAUUUCGGUUUCAAUAAAUAUCAUAAUAAAUAUGCGAACUUUGACAACGAAUUCAGCGAUCCCAACGAUAAAGAAAAUUUAGUAAACGGUUAUAGCGGGGACAAUCCUGUCUACUUGGAAAAAUGCCCAAAAUCUCCGAAACCGUCUUUGAAAUCUUUAUCUAUAAAGCGACAACAUUCUUUAGAACAAGUUAGCGAUAUAUUCUCGUCAUCGAGUGAUGUUAAUUUACAAAAUCCUGCUGGAAGGGUCAAGACACCUGGUGAUUUACCCGUAGCUGUUAGAAAAGCCAGGCGAGAUAGAGCUCUGCAAAAGGGCAGAGCAAGUGAAUGUAAUAGAUUGAGCUUGUAUGACGAUAGAAUGAUGUUUGGCAACAGUUUGUGAAUCUAAUGGUAUAGUUAUUGUGAUAUUAUUGUCUUUUGAAUUAAAUUUCUGAAGCGGUUGAUUUCGUGAAGAAAAACCGGAAUUAUACUAAUUAAUUAUUUUUAUCGGUAAGCGAAUGUUUUAUUAAACUAUAAAUGUUUAUAAACUUAAGUUAAUGUCUAAGCUUUUGAUGGUUUUUAUCGCGAGAAAAAUUCAGAAUCUCUAAUUUAAGAAUAUAUUUUCUUUAAUUGUCCUUAAGUAAGGUUCGUCAAAUAUUUUACGCUAACAUUUUUAACUAAAAUUGCUCUAAUACUAAAAUGUUCUGAACACAUCUGGACAAAAUAAAAUUACCUUAAAAGGGUACAAAACCUUUUUAAAAAAAAGCUUAAAAUGUUUUUAACUUAAGAAUAAAUUAUUACCUCCUGUCGAAUAAUUGUGUAAAAUCUCAAAAAUAUUUUCAUUGAACAAAAUUAAAUAGAGUAUUAUGGUAUUA